CUCCGUGUGUUUCUAGUCUGAGCGUCCCGCGAUCAGGAGCCAUGAGCUACGGUCUGUUCUUCUCAGCUGAAACAUGGGCUCUGCUCAUGCUGUUUGUGGCGCUUCUGGUUAUAUAUGGAUAUUGGCCUCACAGUCAGUUCAAGAAGUUGGGAAUAGCAGGUCCCAAACCCAUCCCGUUCUUCGGAACGAUACUGAGAUAUCGAGAGGGGUUUCAUAAUUUCGAUCUUGAGUGUUUCAAGAAGUAUGGACGAGUCUGGGGUAUCUACGAUGCGAGGCAGCCCGUUCUGUGCAUCAUGGAUCAAUCCACCAUCAAAACCAUCCUGAUUAAAGAAUGUUACUCUCUCUUCACCAACAGAAGGAACUUCCGUCUGAACGGGCCUCUGUACGACGCCGUGUCCAUCGUUGAAGACGACGACUGGAGGAGAAUCCGCAGCGUCCUCUCGCCCUCCUUCACCAGCGGGAGGUUAAAGGAGAUGUUUGGCAUCAUGAAGACACACUCUCAAAUUCUAGUUCAGAAUCUGGGGAAAUCAGCAACACGAGGAGAGAACGUGGAUAUUAAAGAGUUCUUCGGCGCGUACAGUAUGGAUGUGGUGACCAGCACAGCGUUCAGCGUGGACAUCGACUCCCUCAACAACCCCAAAGAUCCAUUUGUGACCAACAUAAAGAAGAUGCUGAAGUUUGACUUCCUGAGCCCUGUGUUCCUGAUCAGCGCUUUGUUUCCUUUCAUGAUUCCCGUCCUGGCAAAAAUGGAUUUAGCAUUUUUCCCAACAUCUGUGACUGAUUUCUUCUACGCUGCCUUACAGAAGAUCAAGUCUGAAAGAGUGGCCAACGACCACAAGAAGAAGAGAGUUGACUUCCUGCAGCUGAUGGUCGAUUCUCAGACGGCAGGGAAAACUCAGCCUGGCGAGGAACACACCGAGAAAGGUCUGAGCGACCACGAGAUCUUAUCGCAGGCCAUGAUCUUCAUCUUCGCCGGUUACGAGACCAGCAGCAGCACUCUGUCGUUCUUAUUCUACAAUCUCGCAACCAACCCAGAGGCCAUGAAGAAACUGCAGGAGGAGAUCGACGAGACCUUCCCAAAUAAGGCCCCGGUGGACUACGAAGCCGUCAUGAACAUGGACUAUCUGGACGCCGCGCUGAACGAGUCCCUCCGGCUGUUCCCUGUCGCAGCUCGACUCGAACGGGUCUGCAAGAAAACGGUGGAAAUCAAUGGCAUCAUCAUCCCUAAAGAUAUGGUCGUCAUGAUCCCGACCUUCGCCCUCCACAGAGACCCGGAUUACUGGAGUGACCCCGAGAGCUUCAAACCGGAGAGAUUCACUAAAGGAAACAAGGAGACGGUUGACCCCUACAUGUACAUGCCCUUCGGCCUCGGUCCCAGGAACUGCAUCGGGAUGCGAUUUGCUCAGGUGACCAUGAAGCUGGCGAUCGUGGAGAUCCUGCAGAGGUUCGACGUCUCUGUGUGUGCGGAGACACAGGUUCCUCUGGAGCUCGGCCUAAGCGGUCUACUGGCUCCCAAAGACCCCAUCAAGCUCAAACUCGAGCCUCGGACAGCUUCAGACGUUUGUAACAACAAAUCGUAACGCAGCUCGUCCGCUGCACACUUCUUUAUCAGUCCGAGGAGAAGGUUUGAUGGGUCUUUUAAAAUAAAAGAAUUGACGUAGUCUCUAGUCUUCAGUGAAGAGGAGGAUUCGACUCGGACUGAGAGGUUUAGCAACUUUACUUUACUACAGUAGUGAAUGUCAGACAGAUUCUGUUGUUCCCUGAGACUCGUGUUUAAGUGUUUUACUUUGAUGAUUGAGAAAACGCAAGAAAUCAGAUCAACCUGUUAAAAAAUUAUAUGGAAAUGAUAAAGUUUAUCAAAGAAAUAAAGUGUACAGAAAUGUA